AUGAUAAGACCUCUUUCCAAAGCGCUGCAAGAGAAAGCGGAGAAGGAAUUGUUUGAAAAACCAAAUAGAACUCCAUCAGAUAUCCUUGCACUUAGAGAAUGGCUGAAAAAACAACCACAUUUACAAUCAGUUAAUCCAACGGAUCAACUGUUAGUAGCAUUUCUAAGAGGAAAUAAAUACAGUCUAGAGAGAUCUAAGGAAAAGCUGGAUAUGUUAUACACUUUGCGAGCAGUAGUCCCAGAGAUAUUUCGAGAUAGAAAUCCAUUCGAUCCUAUUAUACAAGAAAUACUACAAUUAGGAAUAUUUCUACCGCUUGAUGAUUGCAUGGCAGAAGAUUCUUGCAGAAUAGUUAGUUGUAGGUUUGGGCUUUAUAAUCCUUCUAAGCACAAAAUGAGUGAUGUUUUAAAAGUAAUAUUUAUGAUUUUAGAAAUACUCAUUUUAGAAGACGAUAAUUACGUUAUUGCUGGAGAGAUUGGAUUAACAGACAUGAAGGGUGCAGGAUUCAAUGCCUUCUUGCAGUUUACUCCUGCGUUAGCUCAAAAACUUGUAACUUGUAUGGAAAAGGCCUUCCCAUUGCGGAUGAAGGGAGUUUAUAUACUACAUACCCCAUCCGGCUUUGAAACUGCUUUUCAGAUACUCAAAACGUUUUUGGGGGAUAAAUUGAGGAACAGAUUCCAAGUAAUCGGUCAAAAUAAAGAACAAGUGUAUAGCUUCUUCCCUAAAGAAGUUCUUCCAAAAGAAUAUGGUGGAAUGGCAAGGUCAUUGGACGAAUUAACUGUUUACUGGAAAGCCAAAGUGGAAAGCUAUCAAGAUUGGUUCCUGGAACAGGAUAAACAAUACUCGGAUGAAUCUUUGAGACUGGAUAAACCUAGGACAUCAUCUACGUUGUUUGGUGUUGAAGGCUCUUUUAGAAAGUUAGAAGUCGAU